AUGUCCGACGAAAAGAACUAUGGUAUCGAAACUCUGGCCCCUGCGAGGCCAGCCAUGCAAUCUCGAGCAGCUAGUCAGCUUGAAAAGGCCACUAUCUCUCAUGUCGAGCACACCGGUCCUAUUAACCGUAUCGAUCCAGCCGCGCUUCACGAUGAUACCUUGAUGGUCGGUGAAAGAGGUGAAAAGUUAACCUCCUUCGUGCUUAUGCUCUCUUUUGUCGCCGCUGUGUCUGGCUUCUGUUUCGGUUAUGACACUGGAGUCAUUUCAGCUGCUCUGGUAUCCAUCAAAGACGAUUUCGGCCAUAUACUCGCAGAUCAAGAGAAAGAAUGGAUUUCUACCGCCACUUCCUGUGGUGCAUUGGUUGGUGCUCUUUCGUCCGGAUCCAUGGCGGAUAAGAUCGGGCGAAAAUGGGUCCUUGCUGUCGGCGACGUAUGGUUCACCAUUGGUGCCAUCAUCAUCUGCGCCUCGUAUUCAGUACCGCAAAUGAUUGUAGGAAGAGCCGUUCUGGGUCUGGGAGUAGGUACUGCCGCCGCUAUCGCUCCUCUUUACAUCGCGGAGGUCGCUCCGACUCGGUUCAGAGGUGCUUUGGUCACGAUUCAGUCACUCGCAAUCACCGGCGGUCAAUUUGUAUCCUACUGCAUUGGUAUCCCUCUUACUGGUCACAACGGCUGGAGAGUCCAAUUCGGUAUCGGUAUCGCUCCAGCUCUUGUUCAAGCCGUCGCCAUCCACUUCAUGCCCGAAUCCCCUCGAUUUGAUCUUCUAAGAGGCAACAGGGAAGCCGCCCUCGCUACGAUUCAGCGAAGCUACAGAGGCAUGUCUGAAGACUAUAUCGCAGUCAAAUUCGCGGCCCUGGAAGAAGUAGUAGGCAUCUCGGCUAGUUUCACCAACCAGUACAACAUCAAAGCACGUUUGAGACUUCUCCUGACCGAAGGCAAGUACCGAAAGCCAGCGAUCACUGCAUUGGGUAUCGGUAUCUUCCAGCAAUUGUGUGGUUUCAACUCUUUGAUGUACUACGCUGCCACCAUCUUCAGCAUGGCAGGAUUCGAUAAUCCUACCGCAGUCGGCCUGAUUGUGUCCGGUACCAAUUGGUUUUUCACCUUUGUCGCGAUGUUCCUCCUCGACCGCGUCGGUAAACGAAGAAUUCUAUUAUCAACAUACCCUGGGAUGAUAGCCGGUCUCGCUCUUGCUUCCGUGGCCUUCUGGAAAAUGACUGGUGAGACUGGACAUCGACUUGUCGAAGGUACCGAAUAUCCCAAACAAUGGUCAAACAUGAUGCUGGGGAUGAUGGUGGUCUUCAUCGCUUUCUACGCCACCGGAUCAGGAAACAUCACAUGGACGGUAGGAGAGGUGUUCCCUCUUGAAAUGCGAGGUAUCGGAUCUUCUGUCUUAGCUGGAGGUGUCUGGGCCGCCAACAUCCUCAUCUCUGCAACUUUCUUAACUCUGAUGAACGCGAUUGGUCCUACGCCUACUUUUGCUCUGUAUGCUGGUAUCUGUCUGGCUGGUCUCAUAUUCAUUUACUUCUGCUACCCCGAACCUUCCGGUCUUUCUCUUGAGGAAAUCCAGAUCAUCUAUAACUACGGCUUUGGCGUGGCUAAAUCUAGGGAGAUCCGACGAGAACACAAGCUCCGACAACAGGCACGUAUGGAUGCUCCCAUGGGAGCCCAAGGUUCUGCUACCGCUUCAGACGAUCAAUUGGGGAAGGUGUAA